GCCCGCGCAGGAGAUCUAAAGCGGCAGCGGGGAGCUGGGGGUCGCGGCUGCGCUGCCUCGCCGCUUGCCCGAGCCCCCCGGCUGGGCCCAAACAGGAAGAUGGAGUGUCAAAAAAUUACCAAUUUUGGAAACCAGCUUCUUCGUCGGAAAAAUGUGGACUGCUCUCGAGAAGACAGUCGCCUGUCGCGAUGCCUUAACACGUUUGACUUGGUGGCCCUGGGUGUAGGCAGCACUUUGGGUGCUGGUGUCUAUGUCCUGGCUGGAGCUGUGGCACGGGAAAACGCAGGACCUGCCAUUGUUAUCUCCUUCUUGAUUGCUGCCUUGGCUUCGGUGCUGGCCGGACUCUGCUAUGGAGAAUUCGGUGCUCGAGUUCCUAAGACAGGAUCAGCUUAUCUCUACAGCUACGUGACUGUGGGUGAGCUGUGGGCCUUCAUCACAGGCUGGAAUCUAAUCCUGUCCUAUGUUAUUGGAACCUCGAGUGUGGCCAGAGCCUGGAGCGCGACGUUUGAUGAAAUCAUAGGGCAGCACAUUGAAAAAUUUUGUAAAAAAUACAUGACGAUGGAUGCUCCCGGAGUGCUAGCAAAAUACCCAGACAUCUUUGCUGUGGUGAUAAUCAUCAUCCUAACAGGGCUUUUAGCUUUUGGUGUGAAAGAAUCUGCCCUGGUGAAUAAAGUGUUCACCUGCAUCAACGUCCUUGUCCUUGGAUUUGUCGUGAUCUCCGGCUUUGUGAAAGGAUCUGUUAAAAACUGGUACCUGACUGAACAGGACAUUUACAACACCAGCCAUAGCAUUUUCAAAGACAAUCAAACACAGGAAGAAAAGCUCUACGGUGUUGGAGGGUUUAUGCCCUAUGGAUGGAAAGGAGUCCUCUCAGGGGCAGCCACGUGUUUUUAUGCUUUUGUGGGAUUUGACUGUAUUGCUACUACAGGUGAGGAGGUAAAAAACCCUCAGAAAGCCAUUCCUAUUGGCAUUGUGGCAUCUCUUCUCAUCUGCUUCGUGGCUUAUUUUGGCGUGUCGGCUGCCCUGACGCUCAUGAUGCCUUACUACCAGCUGGAUACCAAUAGCCCUUUACCAAAUGCCUUUAAAUACGUGGGUUGGGAUGGAGCCAACUAUGCAGUGGCUGUUGGUUCCUUGUGUGCACUUUCUACAAGUCUCCUUGGCUCCAUGUUUCCAAUGCCUCGAAUAAUUUAUGCUAUGGCAGAAGAUGGACUUCUUUUUAAAUUUUUGGCUAAAGUCAACGAGAAGAGAAAAACUCCCUUAAUUGCAACAGUGACCUCAGGAGCUACUGCAGCUGUUAUGGCCUUUCUCUUUGACUUGAAAGAUCUUGUGGACCUCAUGUCCAUCGGGACCCUCCUGGCUUACUCCUUGGUAGCAGCCUGUGUGUUGGUACUGAGGUACCAGCCAGAGCAGCCUAAUUUGGCGUACCAGAUGGCAAGGUCGACAGAGGAGACAGAUAACAACGAGUCUGUGAGCACCAGUGAGUCACAGGCUGGGUUUCUGCCAGAGGAAGAGGAGAAGUUUUCCCUCAAAGCCAUACUGUGUUCCACAGAUUCAGAUCCUUCCAAAUUCUCUGGUUUGGUGGUGAACGUCUCAACCUUCAUCUUAGGUUUCCUUAUUGUGGGUAUCUGUAUCCUGACUUCCCUUGAGCCAAACAUUCUGAUAAACACUGUACAGAUUAUUGCGGCCAUCCUUGUUGUCACUAUUAUCUUCAUUAUACGGAAACAGCCUGAAAGCAAAACCAAACUCUCCUUUAAGGUACCUUUUUUGCCCUUUCUUCCUGUUGGGAGUAUUUUUGUGAAUGUUUACCUCAUGAUGCAGCUAGACGCAGGCACGUGGAUUCGGUUUGCAAUCUGGAUGCUCCUAGGCUUUAUCAUCUACUUUACCUAUGGAAUAUGGCACAGUGUGGAAGCCAGCUACGCAGCCUCAGCAGAAGCGGAGAGAAACACAGACACUGGCUCAGACAGCUGUAAAUGACUGUGUUUGACUUAAGGCGACUGAAAGAAUGGCUGCAGUGAAAAAAACUUUGUGGUGGGGAUCCUGAACCAGAUUACACCUGUAAUCAGUUAUGCAGAAAUAAGGAAGCAGAAUGCAGGCCUCCCCAACUUGGUUACUGCAGCUUGCAGUUUGUUUAGCAGCACAGUUAAAAGGGACCACAAGAUGAAAAGACACAACUCUGGCAUAUUCCCAGCAGCACUGGCAGCUCAUCUGGGGUGCUUCCCUCUCUCCCUCUCCGGUUUUGUUUUUUUUCCCCAGUGUGUAGAAAGAGAACUGCUUCUGUGUGCAACUGCUGCUACGAAACCAGGCCUCACAAAUGUCCUUCUUUCAGUAGCCCCGGGAAUUACCUCCCAACAGAUACUCUACUAAAUUUUACAUGGAGCAGGUUUUGCAGUGCUACUGUCAGGCAUAGACCAGUAUCCAUCCUUCACCCUAUGUGAGCUGUACCCUCUGUGUAUGCACACAUACAAAAAAAAAAAGGUUCUCACCAAUCCCUAGAUUUCCCCAGGUUAACAAAGCACUGCAAGAUUUGCGUUCUUUAAAAUAUCAGGUCUUACCUUUUUUGUUUUUAUUUAACUGGGUUUUUUAGCUACGUGCUCACAUGCUUUAAAGCAUGUCACUGCUGUGAAAUGUUGGGAAGGUUUAUGGUUGCUGCUUGUCAGGUGAGCGAUCGCUCACCAGCUCACAGUAACACCAGCAGGUGUUUCUCCUGACUGUACACUCCACAGAGAAACUGCCAGCUUUAGUCAGGAAACCAUGUCGUGCAAGUACUGCAAAGGCUUGAAAACAAUGGGUGUCUCCAAAGAGCAGUCCUGCCUCUUUGCCUCAGAAAUCACCAGUGGUGUUGCUGUAGUGGUGUGGGUGGCCAGCAGAACUGAGCUAGCUCUGACAGCGAGUGCAGCCCUAUGUUCCUCCCCCUGCACCAGUCUUCCGUGCUUGCUGCCUGGCAUUAGCAGCUUUGGUUUGGCACUGGUGAGUGGAGCACAUUCCUGCCCUGGGAGGGGAAGCACUGGAGAAUCCUCAGAGGCAUGAAGUUCUUACAUGAGCAAUGCCUGGUGUCAGCCACCUGCCCGGGGGAGGCUGUGGGGGUGUGCAGGGACUUUUCAGUCCUAUCAGAGUGUGCAGCCCAGAAAACACCAUCAAGCUCUAGGGUCUGACUUGCUGAGGGGAGCUUUCCCUUUGGGGCUGGAGAUCAUCUCCAGAGCCUGUGGUAGUGAAAGGUGGGAAAUCUGGAGUUGAGGGUCUGUAUUUGAUUAGCAAUGCCUUGGUUUUGGCUGUAAGAAGAUUUUUUUUUUGUUUUAAUUCUCUCUAAUAGCUUUCCCUAGCCAAAUUAAUCCACUACCCUAAAAAGGCUUAUUAAAGCACCGUGAAGGUGAGCCAUGCCCAAGUAAUGCCACUGAUCUAAAUUUACGCUUCAGCCUGUACUGAAAAACAAAUCAUAGAAUUGUGGAACAGUUUGGGUUGGAAAGGGACCGUUGAAGAUCAUCUGGUCCAGCUUACCUGACAUCAGCAGGGACAUCUUUAAUUAGAUCAGGUUGCUCAAAACCCUGUCCAGCCUGCUCUCAAACACUUCUGGGUUGGAGCAUCCCAGAUAAAUACUGCAGGAAUCCCCUUUCCCGAUGUGAGUAGGUGCUUUCCUAGGUGUCCUUCAUACUACUGUCUCUGAACACUGGACAAUCUUUAACUGGUUUGUCAGCAUGGCUCUUGCUGAUGAAGCGACAGGCUCUUGCGCCUGUCAUUGAGUUGGAGAACUGAACAGACCCCUGCAAGGCUUGCCCAGGAUCUCACCAGGCAUCUGAUGCAGCAGAAAAGGGAAUCAGACCAUCUCCUGGAUUUCAUGGCUGGAUUGUGGACCAUUUCUCAUGUCUCCAAGAGACUUGAUAGCCUUUCUGCCCAUUGAAGUGUUUUCAUCUUUUAAUUCUAGUACACUGGGAGGCUUUUCUUGACAGGAUUGCAAUUUGAGGAAGUGAAGGCAAUGUGUUCACUGCCUCCUAGCUGCACUUCAGGGUGUGUUAUGAGUGCAGCUUCCCCCACAGAAUGAAGCUGGGGGUCUGCUCCAGUCACUGGGUCUUGACCAUCUGCCAAGUCUUCGCUCUUUGUGCAUACACAAAGUCUUACUCAAGCAGGGAGGGAUUGAUACAGAAAUUAAAAGCCACUAAGUCAAAGUCUAUUUUGUUUAAACACAGGCAAGCUCAACGCACUCCACAGCCUCCCAAAAGGCACUGAAAAUGUGGGAGGGCAACAAGAUGAAAAUUCAGACAGGAUCAAAGUUUUGUAUUGUACUAAAAAUAUAAGGAUGUUUUUCCUACCUGGCUACCAGCUUCUGUUCAGUGAAAACAUGAAGCUUAUGUCCUUACCAAAGCUUCAUCUGUGCUGAGCAAGCCAAGGGCCUGGUGAAAAAUCUUUCAGGAGGAUGUUGUCAGGCACGUUCCCGAGGUAGGGUAUGACCCAGUCCCUUUUUAAUCCUUGUGGCAAAGCCUGAGCAGCUCUGUGGCUCUCAGCAGGAGGGCAGGCUGAAGGGGGCAGGAGUUGGGGUGUUGAAACUGAGUGAACUGGAGCACUGGGGAGUUCAGGUGUUUGCUGAUGAGCCUGAACCACUGACAGAAGUGUUCCUGUUACCACGUGCUGCAGCAUAACCCUUUUAUGGAAACAUUGCAGAUGACAAUCACUGUUCUGGCAGCUGCAGUCAUAUUGGAAUUAUCCUAGAAAAUGAGUCCAUGGAAACUCAUAGCAUUUGAGCCACUGUCAGGUAAGGCAGCUGACCAGCCCUGCUGCCAGGAAGCUAAUGACUAGCUUCUGUCUUUACCUUAAUGGGGUAACCCUCUAAUGGGCUUUGCUUUGUUUCCCAUUCAUCCCAGUUUCUGUGUGCACAGAAAACACGGCAGGACAUGCUGGUUUGUAUCCGUCAGCCCACAGGUGCACUGGCGCACGGAUUUAUUAUCAGGAAUAUAUUACACUUAUCUGUACAUCAUAAUUGAAAUAAUACAAACUCUUCCUGUAAUCAUUAGCCACAUAAUAAACCGGACCACAGAACUCCUGCUGCAUGGGAAACUGUACAGAGGCUCCUCAGAGUGUCCAUGGGACACAACCACCAUCAGUGCAGAGACAAAAUACCUGAUUUUGCACUUGAUAGUUUUUCCUUUUCUCCCCCCGCCUGCCACCACCACAAGCCUUUGCUGCUGUGCAUCAAGUGAGUCAACCCAUCUGUGCCAGCAGUCACUGGAGGUGCAAUCCCAGUAGGGACAAAUGGUACCUUCCCACAAUGAAAAGGAAUUUCCCAUGCCCUGCUCGCUGCUGGCUCUCCUGCCAUCCCAUGGCUGAUACAUCUGCUCCCAGUGCCCAUCUCUGGAACCCCCUGGGAGCAGCUGUAGCUGGUUUUAUUGCUGCUACACCCUUCUGCAUUGAGUAAAGAUUAACGAAACCAAACAGCUUCCUUAAAGACAGAGAUGAUGAAAUUCUUUCUGCUUAGUGCUAGCUACAUUCCCUCUGCUGCCAAAGGCCAUCCUAUUUCAAAUGGGAAAGUCCCAACAGUGGCCAUGGCAUUUGGGAAGUUUCCAGCCCUGCAAAAGCAAACACUUCCCCUUCCCAGCUUGGCCCUGCAUCCAGGGAUCUCCAUUCCCUGGGAAUGGCUGCCCCAUUCAGGGGCUGCUCCCUUCCUCCCACUGUGCGAGUGACCUGGGCUAUUCUUUUGCACCUACUUCAGCAUGCAGAGGCAAAGAAAGAUAGGACAGAGGAUAAGUAUAAAAAAGGAAUAACCUUUUUUUGGGGGAAAAAAGUCUGUUUCUGGGUUUGCACCAGAAAGAGCCACUCUUCACACCCCCCACGGGGACAGGUUGCUGGGUCCUUCUGGUUAGGCAGAACUUCCUGCAGUUUUGCUAGUGAUUGGGCAGGCCCCAGAGGGUGUGCCAAGAAGAAUCCAGUGAGAGGCAGGAUUGGGAGGCAAAAUUAGAUGGGAAAGGGAUUGGCAAUGAUAACAAAUGAUGAUGGAGCUAGGCUCAGUCCCAGUUUUCCCACCGUAAAAGCCCUACUCCCAAUUCACUGCUGGAAGCAUCUCUUGAAUAUGAUUUUAAACCAACAAAGUGAUAAGGAAAGCACCAGAUAUAAAGGGGAAAGAUUAAUAAAUUACAACAGGUUCAGCCAUCCUGUCCUGGGCCAAUACUAUGCUUUAGUGCAUUUAAAGUUUUGAGUAGCAUCAAGAUAACAACUCCAGUUGUAUCAUCUCAACCAUUUUUACAAAGGGAAAAAGGAGAAUCCUAGAAACUACCAACAAGCCACUCUGACUAAUCUGAUGGCCCUCUGCAAUGGUGUGACUGUGUUGGUGAGUGAGGGAUGAGCAGCUGAUGUCAUUUACCUGGACUCUGCAGGGCCUUUGACAUAGUCCCACACAGCAUCCUAAAUUGGGGAGAUACUUCAGUAAGAAGUGGUGCCCCUCAGGGGUCAGUAUUGGGACCGAUAUGUAAGAUAUUACUGUGUAAUAGCUUAAAUUAUGCAGACAGCGGGAUCAGGUGCAUCCACAGCAAGUCUGUGGGUUGACACCAAGGUGAGUUGGUGCACUGGAAGGAGGGGAUGCCAUCCAGGGGGAUCUGGACGUGCUUGAGAGGUGGGGCCAUGUGAACAUCAUGAGGUUCAGUAACACCAAGUGCAAGGUCCUGCACCUAGGUCAGGGCAACCCUUGGUGUGAAUACAGGCUGGGGGAUAAAGGGAUUGAAAACAGCACUGCUGAGAAGGACUUGGGAAUACUGCUGGAUGAGAAGCUGGACAUGAACCAACAUUGGGUGCUCAAAGCCCAGAAAGUCACUUAUAUCCUGGGCUGCAUCCAAAGCAGCGUGGCCAGCAGGGCAAGGGGGGCAUUCUGCCCUCCUAGUCUGCUCUUGUGAGACCCAGCCUGGAGUGCUGCAUCCAGCUCUGGGGAUAAGAAGGACAUGGACUUCUUGGAGUGGGUCUAGAGGAGUGCCACAAAGAUCUUAGAGGGCUGGAGCACCUCUUCUAUGGAAACAGGCCAAGACACUUGGAGUUGUUCAGCCUGGAGAAGACUCAGGGGAGAUCUUUUAGCAGCCUUCCAGAACCUCAAGGGGGCCUAUAAGAAAAAUGGAGAGAGACUUUUUACCGGGGCCUGUAGAGAUAGGACAAGGGACAACAGUUUUAAACUGGAAGAGGAUAGAUUUAGAUUGGACAUAAGGAAAAGAAUUUUUACAAUGAGAGUGGUAGGAAACUGGAAUAGGUUGCCCAGAGAAGUUGUGGAUACCCCAUUCCUGGAAGUGUUCUAGGCCAGGCUGGAUGAAGCUCUGAGCAACCUGGUCUAGUGGAAAGUGUCCCUGCUCGCGGCAGUGGGGGCUGGACUAGACAGUCUUAAAGUUCCCUUGUAACCCAAAUCACCCUCUGAGUCUGUGAUCUCACUGUCUCAGAAUUCUGUUGGUGGAAUGGAAGAUGACAGUGCUGUAGGUGUUGCAAACAGCUGUGCAGUUACCAAGUGUCAAAAUUAUUAAAGUCAUACAUGGCAAGAAGGGGCUUUGUGUGCAUGUGUGUGCUAUUUGUCUAUCUUUCAGGUUGUACUUGCUGGACACACUAAAAUCUAGCAAUGCAUUUCAACAGUAGUAGCUGGUGUGGCAUGAUCUAUUCUAAGAAGAUGCUCAAUUUACUCAGUAUCACAGCACCAUGCAAAAGCUGCUACAAAAAUAAAUUUCUCUAAAAAGGAGAAAAAAAAAAUCAUCUUUCUUUUUAACACUGUGGAACAGGCCACAGGUGCUUUGAUGGUGGUUGAAGCUGUAUCUAAGCUGCAGUCUGUGAAUCUUGAGUAUUUCCCAGGAAAGCUGAAGCACAGCUCCCACUCGAGCAGGAUGGCAGGGCUGUGCAAUGCCACCCUCCCUGCAGCACGCCUGCACCUCAGGGAUUUCCUCCAGGUACUGUCGCCCUGCUAACUUUGGCCCCAGUGCACAGAGCAGGCCUGCAGGCAGGCUCUUUGCCCUAAGCUGGGUAGAAAAGCAUCCCACAGAUCUCUUUGUUUUUUGAAUUAUGCUCAGGGAUAUUUUUAUCUUGUUAGCAAUGCCCAUGAGGGCCCUGCAGAGAGUCUCACCCCAACUACUCCUUGGUCUCACCAUCCCCUCAGGUGGGAGAUCACCCCAAGCCUGGGUGAACAUUUUUGCUUCUAGAUGGGAAAGUUAAAGGUAGUUUAGCCACUCAUUUGCAUAAUCUUCAAAGUGCUCUGUAACUCUGGGUAAGCUGUAGCAAUGUGAAAUAAUGCAGAUAUGUGGGAGGAACAAAAUUCUGGCUUCAUCUGCACCUAUGAAGUUGGCUAUGCUCUAUUUGGCAUUUGAGGUGGAAGGAAGCUAGAGCCCUAGCAGAUGCCCAGUAUCUCAUCUUACUAUUGGAAACCUCUCAUCCAGCAAAUGUCAAGGAUAAGCAAAUUAUUUUCUCCUUCUUGCUUCUGGGGCUUGAAAUAAAACAAAAUGGACAGAAAUCUACAGCCAGAGAUUUCGCUUGCAUCCUAACCACAACAAGGUAAAACAAGAUAAGAUCUGACUGGGAUUGAAAUAAAGACACUAAAAUUGAACCAUGUUAACCAGUAACCUCUACCAAAUUUGCUAAAACUCUCAGUUUUCUCAUCUCUAGCCUAUCUCCACUUACAAUAUCAAUGCUAAGAGUUAAAAAGCAGUGGAUGGUAUGCAUAUCUUUUCUGGUGUUCAAUGCAAAGAUGAUGGUUUUGAAGGCAGUACUGUCUUAGAAUUUCAAAUUCGCUGGUGUUCAUGUAACAGAGUACCACUUGGUGGUCACUUGGAAGGCGCUUCUACUUCUGUGUAACUUUCUUCUAGGUUGGGUAUAAAUAUUCCUGGGAGGCUAAACAGAAAUGCAUUUUGUUUAAAUACAAGUCUUAGGCACGAGUUAGAAAACUGCUGACUGUAAUGAAAAUAUAUCAGCACUUAGUAGUAUCCAAUAAUAUAAAAAAUGUAAUUCAGAACAUCUGCAACUACA